AUGUAGGAAGAAGUACUAUUGUUUUUUAUAGAAGGAAUACUACUUUUAGUAUAUGUCUUCUACCUUGUAUGGGAUUAUUCUGCUAAAGAGGUUCCUUUCUACAUAAAAGCUUUGACAUAUUUUUCUUGGAUCUUAACUUUUUCUAUCGUCCUUGUAUUACCGAUUGACAUUUUAUAAGUAUGUAAAUAUUGUUGAUAGUUAAGCAAAGAAAGUUUAUAGAUUAGCAAAAUACUUAAGAAGAUUUAGAAAAAACCUAAUUAUAGUAGAGCUUAUUCUUAACUUGGAGGAUAUUGUAUUGGUCAAAUUUUUUAUUAUCAUGGUAAGUAAAUCUAAUCAAAUAUUCAGGUUUAUUCUUCCAUUUUUUCAAGAUUAUGAAGAUUCUGGGGACUUUUGUUGGAAAGACAGAAUGAAAUAUUCAAUCAAGAAAAACUUGUUAAUUUAUACUGUUGGAUUGAUUUUAGGAAUAAUCAUUAUAAUAUUGCUAGCUCUAAAUAGUGAUUCAUCAGAUUAUAUAACCAAUUCAUUAAUAGGAUUAGCAAAUUUUUUGUAAAUAUUUAUAUAAUUUAAGUGGACUUUGUUUUGUUGUUCUUUUAUUAGGAUUUGGGCUAGUUGCAAUUCCAAAAAGGUACAUAAAAGAAAGUAAAGAGGAGGAAGUGCUUGAUAAAUGCUAUAAAGAUUCAGUUUAUUUCGAAGAGUAGAGAACUGAAAAGGGUUAUGAUCUAGAGGAAAUUUGCAAAGUAUUUUAUUUGAUUAUAUAAAGACUCUUGUAAUUUUAGAAGAUCAGUAUGCACAGACCGAAUUUUUAAUUUAUAUUUCUAAAAUUAUUGCUUUGAUUCCCUCAGUUUAUUUAGAGACUAUUAAAUCAUAAGCAAAAUAUAGAAAAAGAGAAUUAUUAAAAGAAUACUAAAAUUUAAAUUUAUAAUAAUUAGGAGCGCUUCAUAAAUCUGUUAAGCAAAUAAUUUUUGAUUUAAGAAGAAUAGACACCAAAUUUGAUAUGCUGUUAAAAAAAGUCAAAAAACUUGAAAGGCAAUAUGAAAUUGAUUCUGUUGAAAAUCAAAGUUUCUUUGUUAAAACAGUUAUUAAAGUCUAAUAUAUUUGGGUUAAUUACUUUCGUAGAUAUUAUAACAAAUACAUUGGAUAUGUAUUUUCAUUACUUUCAACAAUAUUAAUGUUUGGUGAAUUUUAGGUAUUAAUAAAAGAGAAAAUUAAUAUUAACAUUUUAUCUUCAGCUAUUUUAUCAAUAAAAGGAACUUAAUUAACAAAUAUUGUAUUAUUGAUUUUGUUAACAUACAUGAUGUUUUGUGUUUACUAUGGUUUAUUUUAAUUGAAAAUAAGUGGAUUAAUAUCAUUUAAUAAAAAACACAAUACAGAUGCUCCUAGUCUAAUGUUUGGUUCAGUGUAAUAAACUAAUUUAUAUUAGAAAUUUUGGAAGAGUGAGCUUUCCUCUGUGUUAUAAUUUCCUUUAGAUGACAGCUUCGCUUGAUAAAUCAAACCAAUUCUUUAAUUUUUUCAAAAGACUUGAUGAGUUCUCAGGUUUUGACUCAAUAUUCAGAAUAAUUUUACCAAUAAUGCUUAUAAUAAUGUCACUUUUUAAUUUUUUUAAUAUUGGUGAUAAAGUAAUGAGAGCAAUUGGACUUGGUUAGUUUGCAUUUUAAGAAUCUACUUAAGUUUUGAGUAGUUAAGGAAAGGAAAUUUUGCAAAAAGAAAAAUAAAGAAGAAACUCAAAAUUAACAUCAGAUGAGUCGAGCCAAAAGUCAUCACUAUUAGAAUUAUCAAAAUAUACCUCUCCUAAAUAUAAUGAAACACAAAAUAGUGUCAAGGUCAACCAAAUAAGAAACUUUGAUGAAAUUUUAAAUAUAUGA